UCAUUUUCAUUUUUACGCGCCUUCAAAAUCCCGCGCUUUCUGCUCAGAAAAAGGAUAUGGAUACAUCAAACCCUGCAGUUUUUGUCAAUGGAGGACUGCUGCGGAUGUAUGUCGGACGGCGGGUUCGAACAGUGAUUCAGGUUAUACAAUCUGACAGUGGAGGUGUGACUGGAAAAUCCACAGAUGAUCACCAGCUAGUUGUGAAAGGCUCCCAACCAACAUUUCCUCUGACAAAUUUUGUUGAGGUUAUUGGCAUUGCUGAUAGUGAUAGAUCCAUCAGAGCUGAAAUGUGGACCAACUUUGGGAACAUAUUUGGAAUUCUUUCGACAGACCAGGUUGUAACUUUUUCUAUAAGAUUUGUGGUGUCUAUUAGCUUCCAAAACCUCACAAUGACAUCAAGAGAACGUUAUGGUAACUCUGUGUUGAUUGCUGAUCCUAUGAGCUUUUGAAUAAGGGUAGAUAAGGAUGAGGCCGUCCUCAUCAGCAAUCCCAAUACACUAGUGUUGAAUUUUCCUGGUAUUGUAAAAUGACUCCCAUUUCAAAAGGUAAUAUCAGAUUCAGAAAAUAAUUGUAUAAGAUGUUUUGUGUAGAUACCAGAAACCCAUCCUUGGUUCUUUAGCAAAACUUGUAUGUUCUUUGAUUAUCUAAACCUUUGUGUGGUUUCUGAAACACUUUUAUUCUUUUUCUAAACG